AGAUAUCUACUGUGCAUUAUCUGACCUCCACACAACCUCUAACAGCUUCAGUCACAAAGCCUCAACAAUCCCAUAUUCACGAUAAAGCUUUGCCCACACUGCCCAAACCAACUUCAACCAUAUCUACACUUCCUCAGCCACAAUCAUCUCCAACACAACAUCAACUGCUCCACUCACAAGGUCCUCUACCACAGACAGAAACUUUUCCACACCAACACAGAAACCCUGUUAAAAUCCAACCUUCACUCUCAGCCAUCCAUCCUCCUGAUCAGACACAGGUACAACUAAAUACUAGCCAGCAACGUGACCCAGUUCAGUCAGUUAAAUCAGCCAAUGACACAGAGCUUACAGAGUUGCUGAAGAGGAACACCUCCCAAUCACCUAUGACCAGCAAUGAUCCCAGAGUAACGCAGAAAUCUCCGUCAUGGCUGCCCAUGCUGGAAAAACAUGACAUCCCCAUUGUGGUGGGAGUGGGUGUAUCUUUAGCCUUCAUCUUCAUCAGUGUCACCUUCUAUUCAGUCGUCCAGAAGAAUGAACCUGUACCAACAAGCCGAGCAGCUCAGAGGAAUCUAGGUGUCCCCAUAAGACACGCUGAGCGUCGAGCUGCAGGACGUACAUACGAGAACAGAGCUUUUGAAGAUGACGACUGUGUGGCAGUGAUUGAGCAGAGCCCCAACACAUCUGACACCCGAGCCCGACCUCCAGGGCCAAGCCUGGUCACGGUGCAGAUGGAGCCAAUGUUUGAGGAUCUUCAAGAGGACACACAACAUGCUCUGGACAACCACCCAGUCACUGUAGAGACUUAUCCUGAGCCCAUUCUUGACACAAAGAUUGAUCCCUCUCUGGAGGAGGAGAAAGGCUGCAGUUUGUCCCAGCCCAGCAUCCAGCUACAGUGUGCUGAUGACUGGACCAGUAACAGAGGAGAUAACCGCAGCCCUUGUCAGGAUGCCUUGCCUCCUCCAUCAUCCUUACCCUCCCGUUCACCUUCCCCGUCUCCACCAUCCAGACUUCAGGAGGGCCUGCGCUCCUCACUAACCCUGCAAAGUGCUGAGGCAUGUGUACAACCCAUCCACCACAGUCUUAGCAUCUCACAUGGCAACCCGCCUCUGCUUCUUUCUCACCAUGUGUCCUUGGGCCUCACUACAGUUGCAGUGGAUGUCCAUUUUUACCCAGCAGCCACUGCUUCAUUGGCAGUAGGCACUAGCACUCAUAUCAACUCAGUCUCUAAUUCCACUUCAGUGGCUGCACCUCUGUUCAGUUCCCCAUUAGUUAACAGUCAGGAAAAUGACCAGUCGGGUGCCAGAUUUCAUAAGUAG